AAUCCAUAACUCAAAACUAUAAACUCAAUUCUCGAACUUCCCCCUAAAAAAAACACCCAUUUCCACAAUUAUAUUUACGCCAUAACUAAGGAUUAUAAUGUCUGGUUUUUCUGGAAAUUUUGUAACGGCGCCCUUUGGUUCGAGGUUGGGAGUGGAGGAGGAGAACUCGAUUAUGGUCUCGGCUCUCACACACGUGCUGACCGACAGCAGAAUUGGGCUAACCCACGCACAGUAUCAGCUCUUAUUCUCCUCUAAUCUUGAUCAUAAUGAUGAUGAUAGUAAUAAUAAUUCCGGUAACGUCUUGUGGUUUCCGAGCGCCAUGGAUGAGUGCAAGAAGUGCCAGUUUGCGGGCUGCUUGGGGUGCAACUAUUUUGAAGAUGGGAGUAACCAAAAUCAAAAUGUGGUGAAAGAUGAAGAGAACGACAAUAAAAAUAAGAAGAAGAGGAGAAAGAAGAUAAAGGGGAGAUUCAGAGGAGUAAGGCAGAGGCGUUGGGGGAAAUGGGCAGCGGAGAUUCGAGACCCGAGAAGGAAGGUAAGAGUAUGGUUAGGGACUUUCCAAACGGCGGAGGAAGCGGCGAGGGCGUAUGACAGAGCUGCCAUUGAGUUCCGCGGAAUAGGCAGAGCAAAGCUCAAUUUUCCAGCCUCUGAUUACCAGCAGAAUCAAAUCCCACAAGGUUACAGGGAACCCAAUUUGGAGGAAAUAAAAAAAUAACUCAUGCAGCUUCUAAUUUCUAUGGUAGCUGGGGGAAGUUUCUUAAAUUAAAUUAUAAUUAAUUAAUGGUCUCUGUUUUUUUUUAAAAAAGAAAAAAUUCAAGUCAGAGUUUGAGUUCCACCCAUCCCGAAUGAGGCAGAGGAUAUUGUAUCAAUUUUGUGUGGAAUCCACCAGUUCGUUGGUUACUAUAAAAAGAAUCGUCAAAGGAAAAAUAUGCUUUUCUUUUAUUACUCGUAACUGCAAAAUGUUGCGAAGGGGUCCGACGUCUUAUGUUUAGGGUUUACGUUGGAAAUGUCAGUCAAAACAAUAACACUAAAGAAAAGACGGCUCCGACCCCAUGAAAAGACAGGUGGGAGCUUUGUGUGUUGGAUAUUCAUAGCUGUCCGUCAAGGUCCAGGGUGGAUGGUUUUAAUGUCUGUGGUGGAGAAUGAGUUUUGAGUUAAAUCCAAAACUACGCAAAACUCAUGUAAUAAGCCAAAUAAUUUGGCACACAUUUUCAUACAAAACAACGCGAAAACCGUGACCUGAAAUA